UAAUUAUUAAUUAGUAGUAAGAUUAGUACUAGUAAAUCUAACCAUAUACGUAUAAUAAUAAUUCGUCCGUGCAUCUCACAUGUAAGAUCUAGUUUAUCAUGUUUCCAAAUCCAGGUCUGAUGAUAGCAAUGAACAUGACUGAAAAUGAUUUUCCACAAUAAUCGUCACACUGUCGCGACCCUUUUCUUCCUCGCAUUGUUCUUUCUCACUAUUUUCUUCUAUUCAUUCUUCUUCUUCUUCAACACAACAACCACUCCUCUCUCUCCUCACACAGAUCUCUAUCUCCAACUCAAACCUUCUCUUCUUUCUCUCUCUCCGCCACCACCGCAACAAUCCUCCACCACCGUUACCGCGAUUCAACCUCAAUCCGACAUUGACAGUGCCACCGUCGAUGAUCAUGAAUCUGUUGAAUCCAUUUUUGAUACUCGUACGGACGAGGUUGAUGAUGCGAUUCUAGCUUUGAAGGAAUGCGAUUUAUACAAUGGAACUUGGGUAGAGGAUGGAGAUUAUCCGAUUUAUGAGCCAGGUUCUUGUCCUUACGUUGAUGAAGCUUAUGAUUGCAAAAUCAAUGGAAGAAAUGAUACUCGUUAUACCAAAUGGCGCUGGAAACCUCAUGGAUGUGAUCUUCCAAGGUUUAGUGCCAAGGACUUUUUGGCAAGACUGAAAGGUAAACAACUAAUGCUGGUAGGAGAUUCUAUGAACCGAAACCAAUUCGAGUCCAUUCUGUGUGUACUUCGUGAAGGCUUGGACAAUAAGAGCAAAAUGUAUGAGAUACAUGGUCACACAAUAUCUAAAGGAAGAGGCUACUUUGUUUUCAAAUUUGAGGACUAUGAUUGUACAGUGUCAUUUGUGAGAUCUCAUUUCCUUGUGAGGGAAGGAGUUCGUAUGAAUGCACAAGGGAGUUCAAAUCCUACAUUAUCAAUAGAUCGGAUUGACAAGACGUCCAACCGUUGGAAGAGGGCUGACAUUCUCGUCUUCAACACCGGGCACUGGUGGGCUCAUGGAAAAACUGCUCGAGGAAUAAAUUACUAUAAAGAAGGUGAUUAUCUAUAUCCAAAAUUUGAUGGAGUUGAGGCAUACAGAAAGGCUAUAAAGACAUGGGGAAAAUGGAUCGACAAUAAUAUCAAUCCAAAAAAGCAGAUUGUCUACUAUCGUGGAUAUUCUUCUGCUCAUUUCAGAGGUGGAGACUGGGACUCAGGUGGGUCAUGCAACGGUGAAACUGAACCAGUUUUAAAUGGGUCCAUCCUGAAUAACUAUCCUUUGAAAAUGAAGAUAGUGGAAGAAGUGAUCCAGGGAAUGAAGGUUCCAGUUAAGCUACUAAAUGUCACAAAGCUGACUAAUUUCCGCAAGGAUGGUCACCCAUCUGUCUUUGGCAAGAGCAUAACAGGCGGAAGGAAAGUCUCCUUAAAGCGGCAGGACUGCAGCCAUUGGUGUCUUCCUGGGGUCCCUGAUGCAUGGAAUGAGCUAAUUUAUGCCACUUUGGUUUUGCAACAGACUAAUUCAAGGAAUUAACUUAAAGAGUCCUUUCUUUGAAGGAGUUUACUUUUUGUGCGGGAAAGAAAGAAGUAAAAAAGAGAAAGGCAAUUGAGGACAAUGGAAAGUGUACCAUUAGUUGUAUAUCAUGACAAUUCUUCAAACAUGAAAAAAUCAACACAAUAGCUAAUAGCAUGAUAAGGCUUUUUCAUUGAUGGUUAAAUUUCCACCCCUUGAAUUCAGCAGGAUUGUGUUUCAUUUCACCCGUAAGGGUCUUGAUCUCAUCGGUUGUUUGAUGUGGAACUCCGUUGGAUAAGCUUAUUCAUCAAAUGUCUCUUGUACGUUAAAAGCAUAUAUAAAUUAACCAGGCUUUGGGGUGUAGGAUUCGACCUGUUUAGAUUUUGAUGUAUAAGUUUUUACAUUUUAUCUAACCUUAACCUCUCUUCAUCGGUCUCAUUCUCCCACACUCACUCGAUAUCUUGUUUCUAUCUACUCCAUUACGAGAUCAGGUAUGUCUCUCUCGUCAUGACUGCAUCUCUAUUUUAUUUUUCCUGCUUGUUGUCCUUCUCUA